AACUUGGUUGAUUUCAGAGCCCCACUCUCACCCACCCCCAACAGCUUUCCUCUCCUGGUUCCGAAAUGGACUUCUGGCAUCAGGCAUUGGGGUCAUCUCCUUCAUGCAGAGUGACAUGGGCCGGGAAGCUGCCUACGGCUUCUUCCUGCUGGGUGGCCUGUGCGUGGUGUGGGGCGGAGCGUCCUAUGCAGUGGGCCUGGCAGCACUCCGGGGACCCAUGCAACUGUCUCUUGCGGGUGCUACCGCUGGUGUGGGGGCAGUGUUGGCUGCCAGUCUGCUGUGGGCUUGUGCUGUAGGCCUCUACAUGGGCCAGUUGGAACUGGACGUGGAAUUGGUGCCUGAUGACGAUGGGGAACAGCAGGGCUGUGGGGACUGGCUGGGCCGGAGGACUGGGACAUUAAACCUGACCCUUCAGCAGUUCAA